AUCAGUUACAGAAGAAAGUGAAAGUGACGUGAUGAAAGAAGGAAUUUCUCUCAAGAGAAGCUGGAGAACUGUUCCCAACUUCACUGCAUAAAGGACUGAAAACCAGGCCAGACGGUUUACUGCCUAAGGAAGCGAGAGUGAAAACUGAUACACUUGUGGUUGAACUGUUUUUACAGGUAACAUGAACAUCACGGAAUAUUUCACCAGAAUUUCUUAUAAUGGCUCCUACAGAAACCUGGAUUUUGAGACCUUGACUGCAAUAUUCCAGCACCACAUCAGGGCUGUUCCUUUUGAAAACCUCAGCAUCCACUGCGGGGAAACCAUCGAGUUAGACUUAGAAACAGUUUAUGACAAAAUAGUGAGGAAGAAACGCGGUGGCUGGUGCAUGGAAAACAACCAUCUUUUAUCUUGGGUUCUGAAAACGCUGGGAUACGACACCACCAUUAUAGGAGCAAAAGUUUACUGCCCAGAAGAAAAUGCAUAUAAUCAUCAUAUUAAUCACCUUCUGCUAAAGGUGGUCCUGGAUGGGAAAGCCUAUAUAGUGGAUGGCGGCUUUGGAAUGGUCUAUCAAAUGUGGCAGCCAAUGGAACUGAUUUCUGGGAAAGACCAGCCCCAGGUUCCUGGCAUCUUUCGCUUCAUGGAAGACAAUGGGAUCUGGUACUUUGAGAAAAUCAAAAGGAAUCAAUAUAAUCCCAACCAAAAUUUCUCUAAUUCCAGUAAUCUGGGCAAAAAUAUAUGUAGGAAAGUUUACCUGUUUACCCUUGAGCCACGAGAGAUAGAAGAUUUCAGGCCCCAGAGUGUGUAUCUCCAGACAUCUCCAGAUUCCCUAUUUGUAACAAAAUCCAUCUGUAGCCUCCAAACCACUGAUGGCCUUUGGGCUUUAAUUGGGUGGAAACUCACCAAGGAAGAGGGAAGGCAUGAGCUGUUAUAAAUAACCACCGCAUGCGUGCAGCAAGGCUGACUGUGAGAGUCUGGGGGCACUUGAAUAUCGCAGCAGAUGGUGCAGAGGGAAGUUAUUCUGUCUACAUGGAACACUUUGCAUUUCUGUUCCUUAAAUCACAUUUAACUGAUGUGAGCCCAUUUUUUGUGACUGCUCAGCAUUUUAAUCAUAUCUUUCAAAUGGCACCACUGAUGGAUGGUAAAAUACCUAUUAGCUGAGUGAGUUAAUGCCCCUUGAAGGAAAGGAUACAAUUUCCUGAUAGAGCCCCUAUCUGAUAGUAAACUGAUACUAAGCUUGAUUUUAAUGCAAAAGCUUCUUUUUAAUAAUUCAUCAUCAACAACCAGAAUAUAAAUGACUUUUCACCUGAAAAGGAAUCUGGGCUGUUGAUCAAUAAGAAUAACAGAACACAGGUCACUUUCUGUGCCCCUCACCUAUGGAAGCAACCCCAUUAACUCAUGUAUCAACUAUGUGUAUGACUAAGAUUUUGUAAGACAACAGCCCCUGUUAUUAACCAGUGCAUACAAUGGCUACACCCAUGCACAUCACACAACAAAAUGAGCCUCAGAGAUAUUUUAUUGUACAAAGCUGGUCUUCAUAAAAUAUUUCUGAACAUACAAAUAAUCAUGACAAACAGAACAGUCUUUAUGAAUGCUUAGUUGUUUUUGGCAGGGGAAUAACAGUCCUUUCCAAGUCUCAGUGAUGAGUGUAGGACCAAUUGGUAGACUGAUUAAAAAGAAAUGACCAAGUUCUUUCUGAAGGAGACUAAAAGUCAUUAAUAUGCAAUAAUAUGAUGAGUAGAAAUCAUAUGCAUUGCAACCCUGAUAUUCUAUGAUUCUAUUCUACUAUUACAAGCAUCCCAUAACUAGGAAAGGGCUAUUAUCCCCAUUUUACAGAUGAGGAACUGAGGUGGGGAGAGAGAGAGAGAGACUAAAGCCUAGAUUCUCAAUGGUAGUCAGGAUUUCAAUAGAAAUUAGGAACCUAAAUACCUUUGAGGAUCUGGGCCUAAGUGACCUGUCCAAGGUCACACAGAGGGGCUGUGGCACAGCAGAGGUUUGAAGUCAGGUCUCUUCAGUCUCAGAAUAGCAUCCUAGUCAGUAGGCCAUCCUUUAUCUGUAAGCCACUGUCAUAACUAUAAAGGGAAGGGUAAACACCUUUAAAAUCCCUCCUGGCCAGAGGAAAAACCCUUGCACCUGUAAAGGGUUAAGAAGCUAGGAUAACUUUGCUGGCACCUGACCACAAUGACCAAUGA